UGGGGAGACAAGCUGGGAAACUGAGCACACAGCGCCGAUUCAGCUGGCAGAAGUUGGUGAGCAAGGGUGGAGGCAAACCUGUGGAGCUGCAGUGGAAGGAAGUGCUACUCUCCAAGCCAAGCUGCAUAAAGCGCCCCGCUUCCACACACACCUGGGGCUUGGGACACGCCGGCAUAGCAGCAUGUCUCUGGCAGUGAAAGAGAAGAGCCAGGUGCGCCUGGUGUUCCUGGGGGCAGCCGGGGUUGGCAAGACAGCCUUGAUCCGGCGCUUCCUGCAGGACACCUUUGAGCCCAAGCACCGGCGGACCGUUGAAGAGCUGCACAGCAAGGAGUACGAGGUGAGUGGGGCCACCAUCAAGGUGGAGAUCCUGGACACCAGCGGCAGCUACUCCUUCCCCGCGAUGCGUAAGCUCUCCAUCCAGAACAGCGACGCCUUUGCUUUGGUCUAUGCGGUGGACGACGCAGAGUCCUUUGAAUGCGUCAAGGCUCUGCAUGAAGAGAUCCUCGAGCUGAAAGAGGACAAGUUCCCAGCCAUCGUGGUGGUAGGCAAUAAGGCAGAGGCUGGUGGGCUACGGCAAGUGCUGCCCGAGGACGCCCUUUCCUUGGUGGAGCUGGACUGGAACAGCCGCUUCCUGGAGGCAUCUGCAAAGGAGAACGAGAACGUGGUGGAGGUCUUCACGGAGCUGCUCCAGCAAGCCAACCUACCGAGCCGGCUGAGCCCUGCCCUGCGCAGAAGGCGAGAGACCUUUCCCAAGGAGCCUCCGCUCAGGCCACCCAUGAACAAAGCCAACAGUUGCACCGUCUGCUGAACCGUACGAGCAAGAACAGGCAAGGAGGGCUGCUUUUGCCAGACCAAGGCAGGCUGGAUACAGGUUGCACCCUCCACAUCAGUGUUGUGGUAUUCAAACAUGGGUGGGGGGCUGAGGAGCCAUUUGUGAAUGUUGAUUUGUCAUGACCUAGUGAACUCACUCCUAGUGCUCCCAACCACAGAUACCUGUGUGCCCCUUUCAUGCAUUCAGAUCUGAGGUGCAGCCCAAGACUUGGGAAGCUUCAAUGCGUGUGCACACCUCUUCAUUUAAAUCUGCUCUCCCGAUUCCGGCAAGGACUGUUACUUUGAACACGGGAAGAGAUGUGCCCUUUGCGCCCGACCUUAGCCAACCCAGCUUGGUGUCGGUGGAAGGGGGAAGGGGCAGAGAGAGAAGCUGAUGCUCGAGGCAACAUCGUUUAUGGCAAGAAGCUACCUUUUGGGGAGUACCUUUAGGAAACGUUUGCUUCUGGGACACCAGUUUACGGUUGGUGCUUUAUGACUGACUGACUGGGCGUGAAGAUAGGGAAGAAACUUUUCGUGACUGUUGGACAGCAGGUGUGCCUGCAUGUGUGUGCACACGCUGCACUGUCUCCCAGAGCCUUGAUCCUUCCCAUGCACAGCUCCAACACAGAUUCUGCUUACAGAUCCAGCCACUGUUUGUUCAAAGCAUCACUGCUUGUGCACUGCGGAAAGAAAUAUGUGCCUGAGUGUAUAUGAAUUUUGAUCAGUUUUUGUUUUUGCUUUCCAAACACUGUACCCAAUAAUAAUAAUAA